AUGAGUUCUUUUGGUGUGUCAGUGGCAGCUCUAUGCUGUGCAUUGGUGGUGUUGGGAGGAACAAUAAUAUCAGUUUCGUAUGGUCAGUUAGAUCCUUCGUUUUACAGAAACACUUGUCCAAACGUGCAUGCCAUUGUAACAGAGGUUGUUUUUAACGCUUUAAGAUCUGAUACUCGUAUUGGUGCCAGUCUCAUCAGGCUUCACUUCCACGAUUGCUUCGUCCAAGGUUGCGAUGCAUCAUUAUUGUUGAACAAGACAAACACAAUAGACAGCGAGCAAGAUGCGUUUCCAAAUGUAAACUCAAUCAGAGGAUUGGAUGUCGUCAACAACAUUAAAUCUGCGGUUGAAGCUGCUUGUCCCGCCACCGUUUCUUGUGCUGAUAUUCUCUCCAUAGCUGCUGAAGUUUCGGUCAUUUUGGCGGGUGGUCGGGGAUGGGAUGUUCCACUGGGAAGGAGGGACAGCACAACGGCCAACAGAUCACUGGCCAAUACCAACCUUCCUCCUCCCUUCUUCAACCUGGAUCAACUCAAAGCCUCCUUUGCUGCUCAGGGCCUCAACACUACUGAUCUCGUUGCUCUCUCUGGUGCACACACGUUUGGAAGAUCACACUGCAGCAAUUUUGUGGACAGAUUAUACAAUUUCAGUGGCACAGGUCAACCUGAUCCGACUCUAAACCCAUGGUACCUUCAGAAACUGCGUUUGAUAUGCCCUGAGGAUGGAGAUGGCACGAACUUGACCAAUCUGGACCUGACCACUCCAGACACGUUCGACAGAAACUACUUCAUUAACCUUCAUUUUAAUGCUGGCCUCCUUAACAGUGACCAGGUCUUGUUCUCCACUUCUGGUGCAGACACCAUCCCCAUUGUCAAUAGCUUCGCUUUCGACCAAGGCCUUUUCUUCUCUCACUUUGCUGCUUCCAUGAUCAAAAUGGGUAAUAUCAGCCCCUUGACUGGUUCUCAAGGCCAAAUUCGAUCCCACUGUAAUUUCGUCAAUUCAGAUUCCUCUCGAUUCAGUGCUGUCGCAGCUACCAAAGGAUCUGAUGAUGCUCUUGUUAGCUCAAUCUAAAUAACAUGAUCAUGUGUCGAUUCAUUAUAUAUAUCUAUGUAGGUGUGUGCGCGCCCCAUGUACCUGUGCUUUGUUAUGUAUGGCCAUAAUAAUUUAUUAUUAUGCCGCUAAUAAUAAUAUCAA